AUGGCUUCUGCAGCUUCCACCUAUGCUCGAACGACCUACAUGUUCCUACCCAAAUCCCAAAACGUCACACAGUUCAGGGACAAUAUGGGAGCAUCUAGUAGAAAGAUAACUUCAAGAAGAAGAAGAAGAGUGAUCCGUAUUCACGCGUCACAAGGCCCGACCAAACCACCAAAACCAUCUCCGGGAGUGGACACAAGAAUCCACUGGGAAAACCCGGACGAAGGCUGGAUCGGAGGAGAAUCCGACCCGACCAAAUCCGUUGAAGAAGAGAAAACCAAUCUCUUUAGUGACGACAAGUUUGCAGAACUAAUCAAAGACUCUUUUGAUUCUCAUUACCAAUUCUUAGGUGUCUCAACAGAUGCUGAUCUAGAGGAGAUAAAAUCUGCGUACAGGAGAUUAUCAAAGGAGUAUCAUCCAGACACGACUUCAUUACCGCUUAAAACUGCUUCGGACAAGUUCAUGAAACUGAGAGAAGUCUAUAAUGUUUUGAGCGAUAUGGAGAGUAGACGGUUCUAUGACUGGACAUUGGCUCAGGAAGUGGCGAGUCGUCAAGCUGAGAAGAUGAGAAUGAAGCUUGAGGAUCCGAAAGAACAAGAGUUUCGGAAUUAUGAAUCUAUACCUGAUAUGGUUGAUCGGUUAGGUGGACAGAACAUGGAGCUUAGUGAUCAAGCAAUGACAGCUCUAACGUUCGAUAAAUCUUCUUCUUCUCCGGCUCCUCGCAACAGCAGCGAUUUCGGAGAGAACGAGGAGAACGACGGCAGUUUAAUGGGUUUCGGCGAGUCGUCGACGAAAACUUCCGGCGAGUUUAGGGUUUGUUGUUGGUUGUUCGUAGAACAGAUUUGGGACGACAAAAUCGAUGGUUCUGAAAURUCRUCUUCUAUUGUGCCACUUGAGUAUCCCGAGAGAUUGAUCCGAAAAUCACCAUCGGUGGAAAGAAGUUUGCAUCACAAUUGCAAGUUGGGUGACUUUGAUAAGAUGCUUGAAGCUGUUGGGGAAGAGGUUUUCAAUGACAUCAUGAAUAAUCAUGGUGUUGGAGUGAUUCUAAAGCUUGCUUUAUCGAAGAUGAUAUGGACUGCGAAGCCUAUCCAACAUAUCCUUGGGAAUCAAUUGGCCAUUGAUAGGAUGAAUGAGAUUUGGGUUUUGGUUAGUGGUCGUCCGAUGAGGUUUUCUCUACAUGAGUUCGCGGAGAUCACUACGCUGAAGUGUGACCCAUUUGAUGAUAAAGAUAUAUUGGAUGUUGACCACACUGAUUUGUGGAAGGAUAUGAAGUUUAAUGUAGGUCUCGCACCUAGUUGGGACGAGUUGAUUGUUGUUUUUGACUUUUGCAGGACAUGGAGUUAUGAGAAGAGAAAAAUGGUAGCAUUGCUCUUUGUCUUACAUGUUGGAAUAUAUGGGUUUGCUCGUAGUAGUAGAAUCCCUCUCAUGGCUGCGAAAAGAGUGUUGAAUCUAGAAGCAUUUGAGAGGUUCGCGUUAGACAGCUGGUGGAAGAGGAUAGUGAAGAAGGUUGUUGAGGAAAGUUCUGAGCAAAGGAGUUCGAAGAAGAAGGACAAGAAGGAGAAUGAGGACAAAAAGGAAAAGAAGGAGAAGAAGAAACAGAAGGAAACUCACAGACGUAGUGAUAAGGAAAGCGAGGACGUUGACGAAAAGAUAUUGUCAUUGGUGGAUAAAGUGGAGGUAUUGGAUGAGAAGUACGAAGUCAUCAACACUUGGAGGACAUCACUUGAGAACAACAAAAUCAAGGCAAUUGAGCCAAUUGAGCUAGAUGCACAAUCGAAGGUGUGCGAAGAGCCGCAGGCAACAUCCAAGGCUCAUUUCCCCAUUAACCGUGUUGUUAGAAACAAGAAAGUUGAGACAAAGGUGUUGAAACAAGAAAUUGAACCACUUGCUCCGAAAGGGAAGAAGAAGGACAUGUAUAGUUAUUUUGAUAUGACUAAAGAUGUUCAAGAGAAGAAGGAGAAGAAUGCCACUGUUGACAUUGUUGAUAUCUCUAGAGAUGUGACACCUCCUCGGAAAGAUAAACUUCUUGACUUAACAACGAAUGAUGAUUUUAGUGUCCUCGAACGUCGCAAACUAACUCUUGCAAAAACCCAAGUGGACCCAUUCAUAGGAAGCUCUGGAACUAUGGAAAAUCUAUUCGACACUAGCUUAGCAGGAGUAGAAUUCUACUUGGUAUUGAUGACACCUAAAGCAUUGUGGCCAGAGAACCAGUACGGGUGGCUGAAAAUUACGCACAUGGUUGCUGGCAUGAAUUUGCUUCGACAGAGAAGAGACUUCCUCGGAAAAGAGAAGACUUGGGUGUUUCCGUCAGGAUAUUUCCACCUCAUCAAUGGUACAAUUCCAGAUUUUGCUGCGAUGAACAAAAAAUGGGUUAAGGAUGUUGAUAUCUUGUACAUUCCUCAUAAUAUCGCAGACGACCACUGGGUGGCUGUUGUGGUAGACUUGGUUCAAAAAAAGGUUGCACCCGUUGCCGAAAGGAAAAAAAUGAGUGAGCAAGCUUGGAAUGUAUACCGGAUCAAAACUAUACCACAGAAUGUGCAAUCGGGUGAUUGUGGUGUGUAUACGCUGAAAUAUAUCGAGUGUUUAGCUCUUGGCCAUUGUUACGAUGGUUUGUGUGAUUCCAAUGUGGCUGCUAUUCGUCUUAAACUUGCAGCUGAUAUUAUGGACGAGUUACCAGAAGAUGAGAUUGUUCAGUUAUCUGAUCCAAACCCUCGUGCUCAAUCAGAUGAUAAGGUUCCUUUGCUUACGGAUUCUCUACAGUGA